AUGUACAGCAAAAAGUCAUGGGGCGGGAAGGUUGAGCCGUUCAUCCUCGUCAAGUUCCUGAAGAAGGGAGACCAGAACAAGGAGAUCGAGGACCCCACAGUCGGCGUAGUCAUUUGGGAAUGGAAAGAUUCGCUGCUGUUGGGCAAGCCGACUGAAAUGGCCGUCGACGAUCGCUCCUACAUCUGUAACGACGAUGCAAUCGAUGCAAAGCUCUGCAACGGAACCCACAAGGGCGAAUGGAUUCUUGCCGACGACGCCGACACUGUCUCGAAUAUGCACAUUCGCACUGAAGCCAUCCACCUCAACGACCCCAAGCCUAUCAACUACCCAGUUGCCAGUGGAGACCGAAAGCUGGGGAUCAAGACAGGAUACUACUGCGUUGCUACCGCUGCCUACACCAAAGACGUCGAGUACGAAGCCAUCAUCACGUUCCGCAAUGCGUACGGCGAGCUCCCAGCAGCACAAAUCGCGAAGCUCCCCUUCUACGGCGGCAUCACCAUCGUAUACUUUGUAGUCCUGCUGUUCUGGGGUUUCUUGUACUACCAGAACAGGCACGAUAUUCUGGCGGUCCAGAACUACAUCACAGCUAUCCUGGUGUUUCUGGUGAUCGAGAUGCUCAUGACCUGGGGCUUCUACGACUACCAGAACCGCCAUGGCAACAACAUCGGCACAAAGGUGCUCAUGGUCGUUGUGGCCGUGCUGAACGCCUUCCGCAACUCAUUCUCAUUCUUUCUGCUGCUCAUCGUGUGCAUGGGCUACGGUGUUGUCAAGCCUUCUCUCGGCAAGACCAUGACGAUCGUUCGCUGGCUGGCAGUUGCACACUUUGUAUUCGGCGUCAUCUACGCUGUCGCAUCGCUCACUGUUCGCCCAGACGAUGCUGGCCCACUCGUUCUGCUUGUCAUUCUGCCUCUAUCGGCGACGCUGACUGCAUUCUACAUUUGGACCCUCAAUUCUCUCAAUCUCACAAUGAAGGACCUGAUGGAGCGCAAGCAACAUGUCAAGGCUACCAUGUACAAGAGGCUCUGGUGGUGCAUUUUGACUAGCAUCGUUGUCAUCUUUGGCUUCUUUUUCAUCAACAGCUUUACAUUCGCCGGUGCUUCUACCCCCGACUUUGCUCCCACACAUUGGCAGACUCGAUGGUUCGUCUUGGACGGAUGGUUGAACUUGGUCUACUUGGCAGAUGUCUGCUUCGUGGCGUAUAUGUGGCGACCGACUGCGAACAACAGGCGAUUCGCCAUGAGCGACGAGAUUGCGCAAGAUGAUGAGGGUUUCGAGAUUGCAUCCAUUCGCGACUCUCUCGACGAGGAAGGUGGUCCUUCGGAUCACCCUCCUUCUUACGAUCCUGUGCGUCCGCAGCGCGAUGCAGCUCGUGACGUCUCGCCACUACCCGCUCCUCAACCGCAGAAGCCCAUUCACCCUCCUAGAGAGUCUCUUGACGGCGACACCAUCUUCGCAGUUGGUGAGGAUGACAAGUGGAGCGACGACGACGAUGAUGAUCUGGAGCCAGCAAGCCCGAAAGGGGGCGAUGAUGAGCACGCGCGAUUAACGAGUACCGCUGGUCAAAGUCGAAAGAACGAUUAG